AUGGAUCGGGCAGUCAUCAUGAGAGAUGACAGCUAUUUCGACCAGUCGUCACUAGCCACAAUCAAUCCGUUCUCAUUCACGCUCAAUAGGCAUCGCGCCCUGGGUGCGACUUUCGCCUCCGGAGGAGACACAAGGAACCUUUCCCGUUUCCUCGCUUAUUCAGAGACAGUGGCGGAGUUUAAUAUACGGAGCGUGAACCAACAACGCGCCGACAUUUUUCAGAGAACAAUCCAGGAGACAGGUUGGCCUGCUUUGGCGCUUCAAGCCCCUUUCCACACUUUGACUGCGGAUGGCUUCUACUAUUUCCUUCCUUUUCAUGAUACCAAGACCGACUACUCUGCAAGCUUUGCCUUGUCAGUGUUCCAACCAGUUAGGUCGUUGGGAUUUUUCAUUAUGUUGACAUAUCUGGCCAUUCAUCUCAUCUUGGUUGGCUUCAUUACUAUCCACUCCUCGGGCAUCUUGCAUUCAACAACCUCGUCGUUCUCCUUCAUAAACAACGUCUGGCAAGCACACGCGCAGAGUCUGAGUUCACAAGUCGAAGAAAUUCUGCGCGAGCCUGCAGUCACGAUGGCUUCCGAUCGAGAGGUCAACAAGGCUCUUGGGAAGAGUGGCCAGCAUAAAUUUAUGUUGGUCUUGGAACCGAACGAGAAGGAUGAACAUGGUGCGAUAAGGCUGCGACGGAAGUUUGAUUGA